AUGGGUGUUCUCGCGGCCCAAGCAGCUCACCGCGGGCGCCGCCGGUUGAAGAAGUCCACAGGCGUUGUCAGAGACGAUUCAGAUGAUGAGCUUGGCAUAGAUGACCUUCCGUGGGAAUGGAUACUGAAACCCGAAUAUGCGGACACUUCUCAAGACCAUGGCGACGAUGCGCAGAACACUCGAAAGCGAAGGAGGGCAAACCCCGAGACACAGAUUGUGGGAGCCCGGAUGGGCAAAUUUCAGUGCCAUGUCGGCGACUGUGUUCUGUUGAAAGCGGAAGGAUCCAACGAAGCCUGGGUCGCCAUAAUUUGCGAGUUCUUGGAGGAGGAAGGUGGUGAAAAGGCAGCCAACUUCAUGUGGUUUUCGACAGAGAGAGAAAUCCGCAAUAAGGAGAAGAAACGGUCGGAUUUUCUGCCAAAUGAACUAUACAUAUCCCCGUCAUGGGAUGUAAACCCGCUGGCUGCUAUCAACGGUAAAGCUGUCGUCACUUCUCAUCAAGCCUUUUCUCAAAGGUACCCGUCGGGAAAAGUUUCCCGAUCAUCACCCGAUUUUGGUAAGACGUUUGUCUGCCGUCGUGCAUGUAACACAAGAACAGCAACCUACACGGACGAGUUUGUGUGGGAAGAAGUUUAUCAGGCGAGUGAGCAGGGCGUUCCUGACCUGAUCGAGUUUGUCAAAUCACAAACGAAAUCGACAAGACGUGGCCAGGCAGCACGGGAAUCAACGCCAGAGCAGCCAUACGUGAUGACGACCCAUGGUGUGGCUGCGUUCACACCAAAACGGACCUUGAAAGGUGAGCAAUCUACGCCCAAGGGAGAUGCCCCGACAAUAACAACGCCUGGGUCUCGAAAACGGUAUGUGGUUGCUGUGCACUUUGCUCACUCAUUGACUUGCCUAAUCGGCCGUGUUGAUGCAGCGAUUACGGAUGGUUCGGGAAGCUGUAUCUACAUUGCUGGCACUCCUGGGACAGGGAAGACAGCCACUGUCCGAGAAGUCAUAUCUCGCCUAGAUGACGGCGUGAGGGCCGACGAACUUGACGAUUUCAUAUUUGUGGAGAUCAAUGGCAUGAAGAUCACCGACCCUCACCAAUCCUAUACCCUUUUAUGGGAGGCACUCAAGGGUGAGAGAGUCAGUCCUACACAAGCCAUUGACCUUCUAGAGAGAGAGUUCAACAAUCCAAGUCCUCGCCGGACGCCAUGCGUGGUUCUGAUGGAUGAGCUGGACCAACUGGUGACGAAAAACCAGAGCGUCAUGUAUAACUUUUUUAACUGGCCUGGUCUACGACAUAGCAGGCUCAUUGUCCUGGCCGUCGCGAAUACCAUGGACCUUCCGGAAAGAACACUGAGUAACAAGAUCAGUAGUCGCAUAGGCUACAAUCACGAGCAGCUCAUGAAGAUCAUCCAGUCCAGGCUUGAGUGUGUGCCUGGAAGUAUAGUCGAGGCAGACGCCAUCCAAUUCGCUAGUCGAAAAGUGGCCGCAGUAAGCGGCGAUGCAAGAAGAGCCCUGGACAUCUGCAGACGAGCUGUAGAGCUUGCCGAAGCUGACACUCGCGCUGAGACGUCUGCAGCGGAUUCCAAGGCACGACGACAAACCCCGAGUAACGGUAUGGGAUCGGGGGCGCCAGUCAAGGUCACUAUUGCCACAAUCAAGCGUGCCAUCAACGAGGCUACGACCAACCCCGUCCAACAAUACCUCCGAUCCCUGCCUUUUGGAUUCAAGGUAUUACUGAGCUGCCUGUUGGUAAGGAUACAAAGAAACGGCACCAUCGAGACGACAUUUGGCGAUGUUAUGGACCAAUUACACCGCAUCGUCAAGCUGGACACAGCGGCUCUUGAAUCUACUGUCGUAUCGGCCCUGUCAGCGGGGCCAUUGGGAGGUGAUGUCGUUCAAGGCAAUGGGAGCAUCCGAGUAGUCGGGGCUCUGGCGCUGUCUCAGGCGGCGCUUGAAUUAAUGGACGCUGGCAUCAUUGUACUAGAAGCACACAAGGCAGAGCGACCAAGCAAGAUGCGUCUUGCAGUGAGUGAUGAGGAAAUCAAGAUGGCGUUUCGGGACGAUGGAGAAGUAAAGGCCCUGGGUUUGUUUUUCUAG